CCACGUAAUAAUUUAGGUUAUUUUUUUGACAAAACAAGAAUGGUGAUGUGUUUAUAAUCGUGUCAAGUUCAUAUAAUUGCUGUUAUAUUUAUUGAUAAUUAUUACACACGAAAAUGCCCCUUCGACUAGAUAUAAAGAGAAAGCUAACAGCUCGUUCUGACCGGGUAAAAUGUGUAGAUCUCCACCCCACAGAACCCUGGAUGCUAUGUUCUCUUUACAGUGGGAAUAUAAAUGUUUGGAAUAUUGAGAAUCAGCAACUGGUCAAGACGUUUGAAGUAUGUGAUUUGCCAGUUAGAGCUGCGAAGUUCGUACCAAGGAAAAAUUGGAUUAUUGGUGGAUCUGAUGAUAUGCAAAUCAGAGUUUUUAAUUACAAUACACUAGAUCGUGUGCAUUCUUUUGAAGCUCAUUCUGAUUAUGUUAGAUGUAUUGUAGCACAUCCAACUCAACCUUAUAUUUUAACUUGUAGUGAUGAUAUGCUUAUUAAGUUAUGGAAUUGGGAAAAGGCUUGGGCAUGUCAACAAGUUUUUGAGGGCCAUACUCAUUAUGUAAUGCAAAUUGCCAUAAAUCCAAAGGAUAAUAAUACAUUUGCAAGUGCUUCUUUAGAUAGAACAUUGAAAGUAUGGCAGCUAGGUGCAUCAACUGCCAACUUUACCCUUGAAGGACAUGAAAAAGGUGUUAACUGUGUAGAUUAUUAUCAUGGGGGUGAUAAACCAUAUUUAAUAUCUGGAGCCGAUGAUAGAUUGGUGAAAAUUUGGGAUUACCAAAACAAAACUUGUGUUCAAACAUUAGAAGGACAUGGUCAAAAUGUCACUGCUGUAUGUUUCCAUCCAGAAUUGCCAAUAGCACUCACAGGAAGUGAAGAUGGUACUGUAAGAGCUUGGCAUGCCAACACUCAUAGAUUAGAAAGUAGCUUAAACUAUGGUUUUGAAAGAGUUUGGACAAUAUGUUGUCUGAAAGGAUCAAAUAAUGUAGCAUUGGGGUAUGACGAAGGUAGUAUUUUAGUCAAGGUGGGUAGAGAAGAACCUGCCGUUAGUAUGGAUGCUAGUGGAGGAAAAAUCAUUUGGGCCAGACAUGCUGAACUUCAGCAAGCCAACCUUAAAGCACUUCCUGAAGGUGCUGAAAUACGUGAUGGUGAACGUCUCCCUGUUUCUGUAAAAGAUAUGGGUGCCUGCGAAAUUUACCCACAGACUAUUCAACAUAAUCCCAAUGGUCGUUUUGUAGUUGUGUGUGGAGAUGGUGAAUACAUAAUAUACACUGCCAUGGCUUUGCGUAAUAAAGCAUUUGGUAGUGCACAAGAAUUUGUGUGGGCUCAAGAUUCCAGUGAAUAUGCUAUUAGAGAAUCUGGGUCCACUAUAAGGAUCUUUAAAAAUUUCAAGGAAAAGAAAAAUUUUAAAUCAGACUUUGGAGCCGAAGGUAUAUAUGGUGGUUACCUCUUGGGGGUAAAAUCAGUAUCUGGAUUAACUUUCUAUGAUUGGGAAACUCUUGAUUUGGUUCGUAGAAUUGAAAUCCAACCUAAAGCUGUUUACUGGUCAGAUAGCGGGAAACUUGUUUGCUUGGCUACUGAAGACAGUUAUUUUAUUCUGUCUUAUGAUGUUGAUGAAGUACAGAAGGCCAAGGAUAAUAACCAGGUGGCAGAUGAUGGAGUAGAGUCAGCGUUCAAUCUUCUAGGUGAAGUAAAUGAAUCAGUACGAACAGGUUUAUGGGUAGGCGAUUGUUUCAUUUACACAAAUGCUGUUAAUCGUAUCAAUUAUUUUGUGGGUGGAGAAUUGGUGACUAUAGCACAUUUAGAUCGUCCUUUAUAUGUAUUGGGUUAUGUUCCAAAAGAUGACAGAUUAUAUCUGGUAGAUAAAGAGUUAAGUGUAGUUAGUUACCAACUGCUCCUUUCAGUACUUGAAUAUCAGACAGCUGUAAUGAGAAGGGACUUUCCAACAGCAGACAGAGUAUUACCAUCAAUUCCUAAAGAGCACAGAACAAGAGUAGCACAUUUCUUGGAAAAACAAGGUUUUAAACAGCAAGCUUUGGCUGUGAGUACAGAUCCUGAACAUAGAUUUGAACUAGCUGUUGCAUUAGAAGAUCUUAAUACUGCUAGAAUUUUAGCACAAGAAGCUAAUAAUCCACAAAAAUGGAGUCAGCUAGGUGAAUUAGCGGCGGUUACUAACAAUGUAGAGUUAGCUAAAGAAUGUAUGCAAAAAGCACAAGAUUAUGGAGGAUUGUUACUUCUAGGUACCAGUUCAGGUGAUGAACAAUUGGUCCGAACAUUAGCAGAAACAACACAAGCUGAAGGAAAACACAAUUUAUCUUUUCUAUCUCAUUUUUUAGUAGGGGAUUUGACCAAAUGUCUAGAUAUCCUCAUAAGUACAGGAAGAUUGCCAGAAGCAGCAUUUUUCGCAAGGUCUUACCUACCAGAUAAAAUUUCUGAAAUAGUGGAACUUUGGAAAGCUCAAUUAUCAAGUGUAAAUCAAAAAGCUGGACAAAGCUUAGCUGAUCCUAAAAAUUAUGAGAAUCUUUUCCCUGGUCUUCAAGAAGCUUUAGUAGCUCAGAAAUUUAUAGAACAAAAUAACACAGGAUUAGCUCCUGCUUCUAUAGCUCCUACAAUUACUCCAAAUCUCGAUAGGAAUAUUUUAGCAGAGGUAGAGGCACAGUUAAGGAAUACUGGAAUAUCGUCAAAUUUGCGAAGUGGAGUACCUGAAGCAUUGCCUAGCAGUAAUAUUGCAGUUUCGUCUUCUAUUAACCCCACUGAUAAUCAAUCGAGUAAAAGUUUAUUAGAUCAAGAUGAUGAUGAUUUAGAUUUGGAUGACGUCAAUAUUGACGAUAAUAUCGAUACAACGGAUAUCAAUAUUGAUGACGAUUUACUGAGUGAUUGAAAUAAUUUUGCUAAUACAUACCUUAGUAUUAAACUGUAAAUUCUUCAUUCCUAUUAUUAAGAAAAUGAAUUAUAUGUAAGAUUUCAAUGUUUUAUUAAUAUUUAAAGAAAAAAUAUAUAAAAUUUUGUGUAAAACACAGAAUCGAAUGACGAGUGUCCUACAAAAUGCAGAAAACUUUUGUUAAAAGUAAUUCCCCCCCCCUUAAACACAUUCAAAAUUGUACACAUUGGUGGAAUAUAAUGUUGCAUGCAAUUUCUUGCACGUUGUUUGAUAAUAUGCAAUGCUCUUGUAUCAUGGCUGCUAAAAAAUAAAAAAGUAUUUUUUCUGUAUUGUAUUGUUACGGAAUAGUUUGUGUUCGCUGGGUCACAAAUAUGUUGACUGACGAAUACUAAAAUUUGGUGAAUCGUUGCAGCCCUCUUGAAAAGAUUGUUGAAUAUGAUCUGGCAGAUCAAAACAACAAUUAAACAAUGGAUGCACCGAUAUUCUCUAAAGACACUGGCGAUCAUAUGCUCUGUCAUGUUAUCAAUAUCAGGAACCAUAAGAUUUUAGCAAAAAUUUGUGAAAUUAAGAGCUUGGAACGAUCAAAUAUUAAUUUUGAGAUCUCGAUCAUUCUAAUGCCUCAUUUCUAUUUUUAAAUUGCUGAUACUACUCGCAAAUAGUCUUAAAUUAUUACAAUAUCACGAUAAAAAAUUUGAAGGUUUGUUUCUUUGUAUAGUUUCUAGUACAUUACAAAUACUUUGAUUGAAUGAAAUUGACAAAGUCGAAUGCAUGCAAUUUAUACUAUUCCAAUAUAUGUAGCAAGCUUUAAAUAAUUCUUGAGCUAUUGAAAGAUUCAACAUUCUUCUGCCACUACUUAUCAAAUUUGUACACAAUAAAAGAGAUUUUGUAAGACAUUCCACUAAAUAAGUAUGGAAAUGGUGAAAGCUGGAGUAUUAGUAACAAAUAUGAUCAUACAAUUACAUCAUGUAAAUUGAUUUACCGAAAAUCUAGAAAAUUAUACUGAAGGAUAGAUACAGCACACAUACCUAGAUCUAAAAGUGAUGUAAGGCGCAAUUUUACCUUAAACGCUAGUUUAAACUACGUAUAACGACAUGUUUUAUACAUGGUGUUUACCGACAAACUUAGGUUUUAACGUUACCGGCGAUCUGGGGGUAGUUUAAACUUUAGUCAAACAUUAAACUGAGAAUUUCAACUUAGCUUUUUUAAGUUGUUCACGUUUGUACGAUAUGUACGGUUUUGAGUAGUUUUGGUCUCGCUAAAAUGACUGAAGAUAUACAUUUCGUAUUUGAUGAACUCUACAUGAUAUUUACCAAAUGCAGUACUACCCCAUCAUCAGAGUUAUAUGGCCCUCUAUUUGUAUUUUGUUCAUAUAAAUUUCUUGAACAAUUAAAAUUUAAAACUAACCAAGCGAAUAUUUUCUUUUGGAAAGGUUGG